AUGCGUUUUAUAUUGAGAGGCUCUGUCAUUUUGUGUUUCACAAUAAGUUUCCUAUUUGUUUUGCCUGGUGUUAAUUGUAAUGUAGGCGGAAUAGUUCAAAAUGAUUGGGAGUCACUACGUGCUUUAUUUGAACAAAAUUUCCAAAAUAACGUCGAUUUAGGUGCGUCUUUAGCUGUUUACCAUCGAGGAAAGCUGGUUGUAAAUUUAUGGGGUGGAUGGUUUGAUAAACAGAAAACGAAACCCUAUGAUAACGAUACAUUACAACUGGUAUUUUCAACACCAAAAGGUCUUGUAGCGAUGACUAUCGCUCUUUGUGUCCAACGUGGCUUAUUGAACUAUACUGAUAAGGUUAUAAAGUAUUGGCCAGAGUACGGCCAGAGUGACAAGGAAAAUACAACAGUAGCCGACGUCAUGUCACAUAGAGCUGGACUGCCAGCAUUACGAAAUAGUAAUUUGUCCACUCACGAAUAUUUAGAUUGGUAUUCAGUGAUUCAUAAAUUGGAGAAGCAAAACCCAUAUUGGGUACCGGGUACGCAGCAUGGUUAUCACGCAUAUACUUAUGGAUGGCUAGCGGGAGAACUUGUUCGACGUGUUGGUAUAAAAAAAAGGAACUUUAGGACAAUUCAUCAGAGAUGA